GGUCUGUGUGCCGGUAUAAAGCUGCCGUCCUCCCGCCUCCUCCUCCCUCUCCUCCGCUGGCUCUCCUCCGCCAUGGGCUUCGGUGAUCUUAAAUCCUCCUCCGGACUCAGAGUCCUCAAUGACUUCCUGGCUGACCGGAGCUACAUCGAGGGGUAUGUCCCCUCUCAGGCUGACGUUGCAGUCUUUGAGGCCAUCUCAGCCCCGCCCACAGCAGACCUGUGCCACGCCCUCCGUUGGUUUACCCACAUCAAGUCGUACCAGAGCGUGAAGAGCAGUCUUCCAGGUGUGAAGAAGCCUCUGGCCCAGUACGGCCCCCCAGGAGUGGCUGACUUCACCUCAGGCUCCGCCCCUGCAAAAAAGGAUGAGGAUGAUGAUGACGACAUGGAUCUGUUCGGCUCUGACGAGGAGGAGGACGCUGAGGCGGCGAGGCUGAAGGAGGAACGACUGGCGGAGUACGCAGCACGUAAAGCAAAGAAGCCCGCCCUCAUUGCCAAAUCAUCGAUCCUAUUGGACGUGAAGCCGUGGGACGAUGAGACGGACAUGGCAAAGCUGGAGGAGUGCGUCCGCAGCAUCCAGAUGGACGGUCUUGUGUGGGGACAGUCCAAACUGGUUCCUGUAGGAUAUGGCAUCAAGAAGCUACAGAUCGGCUGUGUGGUUGAAGAUGACAAGGUGGGCACAGACAUCCUGGAGGAGCAGAUCACAGCGUUUGAGGACUUUGUUCAGUCGAUGGACGUUGCUGCCUUUAAUAAGAUCUGAAACAUGACCUUCAAUAAACAGAUGAACAUCA